AGGCUGCCUCUGCCUGAAGAGAGGGAAGCUUAGAAAGAUGGCUUAACAAGAUAGCUCUGGCUCAGGGCCUAACUCUGUACUCCAUUUCUCUAACUCUGUACUCCAUUUCCCUUUUCCUGCCGUCUCCUGCUGGUCUGUUUCCUCCUUUGGGGGGAUGGCAGGAACAAGACCCUGCAGAUGGAAAAGAUCAAGACCCGUUUGAAGGCUGAGUUUGAGGCCCUUGAAUCAGAGGAGAGGCACCUGAAGGAAUACAAGCAGGAGAUGGACCUCCUGCUACAGGAGAAGAUGGCCCAUGUGGAGGAACUCCGACUGAUCCACGCUGAUAUCAAUGUGAUGGAAAACACCAUCAAACAGUCUGAGAAUGACCUAAACAAGCUGCUAGAGUCUACCCGGCGGCUACAUGAUGAGUAUAAGCCGCUGAAGGAACAUGUGGAUGCCCUGCGCAUGACUCUGGGCCUGCAGAGGCUCCCUGACCUAUGUGAAGAGGAGGAGAAGCUCUCCUUGGAUUACUUUGAGAAGCAGAAAGCAGAGUGGCAGACGGAGCCUCAGGAGCCCCCGAUCCCUGAAUCCUUGGCCGCCGCAGCCGCCGCCGCCCAACAACUCCAAGUGGCUAGGAAGCAGGACACUCGGCAGACAGCCACCUUCAGGCAGCAGCCCCCACCUAUGAAG